UACUUCUAGGGACUGCUCUGACUUAGAUAGAGAAAAGAUCAGAAGUGGAGUGUAUAAAAUAUUCCCGGAUGGAACAGCUGGAUUUAACGUGUACUGUGAUAUGACGACGGAUGGCGGAGGAUGGACAGUUUUUCAGCGCAGACAAGAUGGUAAAGUAGAUUUCUAUCGCGGCUGGUCAGAGUAUGUCAAAGGAUUUGGUGAUGUCAACACAGAAUUUUGGUUAGGCAACGAUAAACUUCAUGAUUUAACUUCUCAAGGAAGUUAUGAACUCAGGGUCGAUCUGGAGGAUUUUAAUGGUGAUAAGGCAUAUGCCAAAUAUUCUACCUUCAACAUUGGAGACCAGUCAACCAACUACAUACUGAUUGUAAAUGGCUACAGCGGAACCGCAGGCGAUGCUCUUGAGUACCAUAACAGACAGGCUUUCUCGACCAAUGAUAAAGAUAAUGACUUGGCUAGGCGUAAUUGUGCAGAAGUUUACAAAGGAGGUUGGUGGUACAACGACUGUCAUCAUAGUAAUCUGAAUGGGUGGUAUUUGGGAAAUAAAUAUGAUGACAAAGGCAUGCGUUGGAAUAAAUGGAAGGGAUCUCAGUCAAUGAAGACAACAUCGAUGAUGAUACGUAGGAUAUGA